ACGAGAUAAUUUUUAAAAUGAAACUCCUGACUGCUUUGUGUUUGGCGGUUGCGUGUCUGGUGCAGGCAGAGGGCGCGCGGGAGAAGGUUCUCCUGCACUAUCAUGAGAAUGUCGGCAUCCAGCGCGCUACGGAGAUCAAACAGGCCGAGCUGGCGGCUGACUUCGACGGCAGCAGAAUUGUAGGCGGUUCUGCAGCUGCACUCGGACAGUAUCCCUUCAUGGGCGGUCUGGUCAUCACUCUCACCAACGGACUGACGUCAGUAUGCGGGUCCACUUUAAUCUCGAACACGAGGCUGGUAACCGCCGCCCACUGCUGGUUUGACGGUCGCAACCAGGCGCGUCAGUUCACUGUCGUCCUCGGAUCAGUCAGACUGUUCUUCGGCGGCACUCGCAUAAACACGAAUAGAGUGGAGAUGCACGGCAGCUGGAACCCUUCCACAGUCAACAAUGAUAUCGCCAUUAUUAUCAUCAAUUCUGUGAGCUUCAACAACAACAUCAACAGCAUUGGACUCGCGUCUGGCAACAAUGACUUCGCCGGUCAGUGGGCGCAGGCUGCCGGCUUCGGUGCUACCAGAGAUGGAGGUAGUGUAGGCAUCACGCAGACCCUGGCGCACGCUCGUGUUCAGGUUAUCACGAAUGCUGCGUGCCAGCAGGUCUACGGGCCACAAGUCAUCAUUGCUUCGACCCUCUGCAUCAGCGGUGCUGGCGGUGUCAGCACAUGCCACGGAGACUCCGGCGGCCCACUCGUCGCCAACAACCAGCUGAUCGGUGUGACAUCAUUCGGAUCAGACACCGGCUGCCAGCGCAACCUGCCCGCCGGCUUCGCUCGUGUCACCUCCUUCAACUCCUGGAUCCGGGCCCGCAUGUAAACGUAUCUGGUUAAUCGGAAUAAAUAAAAGUUUAUUUUUCUAUAA